UAUAAUGAAUAAUUUAGAAAAUCUAGAAGAACAGUUAAAGCGUUGCCUCCAAAAGGUGGGUCGGCUCUCAUUGAAAUAUCUAAACAAACAGUUGACCGAAUAUGGCGAUAUCGUGGUCAAAAUUGUUGAGCCAAAAAACGAUUUGGCUAAUUUUGAUGCUCAAUCCUUUGUUAAAGAAAGUCAAGAAUGGGUUUUACCGGUUAAAAGCGUACGUGUAACAGAUUCGUCUGUAGCUUUCUUCCUGAAACGAGAAACAGCAUUUCGUUGUUUUAUUACCGAAUGUUUAGAAGGCAAAUUCGGGCGCAGGGACAAUGCUCAACAAAUAAUUUUAAGUACUGAUGUGGAUAAAGAAAGUCUAGAUAAUAUGAAUAUAACGGAAUUUAGAAUUUUAACAGUAAAUAACGUAGUUAGGAAUUUAUUUGAAUUCGGCGGGUUUAAUUUCUCAAACGAUAGGUCAUUGAAAGAAAAUACACUGACUAUUAAAAUUACCCGCAAUCGUAGCAAGGCAACUACCAAUGAAAUAGAUCUUAUAUGUGGUCCAGUAACAACGAAUGGUAUAAACGCUACGGAUUUCAUUAAGAAACGUGCAAACGACAUGCAGCUGAUCGCACAGCACAAGUAUGGCAUACGCGUGAGAGACCAUCAGCGAUUCCAGGAAAUGAUUGCUAGUCUGGGGCGGUCGGCUGCCAUCGUUGAUAUGCUGGAAUCCAAAGCAUCCAGUCCAAUUGACAUGAAGACAGAAAAAAAUCAGUCCAGUAAAGGUGCCGCCUUUAUUUUGUAUAAUUACGCCAGAAUAUCUGUCUUGUUUAAAACGCUAUCAGAAAAGCAAAGAACUCGAUACUACCCAGAUUUACCCUCAGUAGAAAAUGUUGAUUUCACUCUACUCAAAGAAGAGGAUGAAUGGCAUCUGUUUUGGGCUUAUGUGGUUGGUUUUCCCGAUAUGAUAAAGCAAGCGCUAGGCGAUGGUCAGCUAUCGCGAAUGUCACCUCAUCUGGUACUGAGCUUCGCAUCGGGAUUGGUAAUUUGCCUAAGUAAAUACUAUCGUCGAGUGCGGAUAUUGACGGAAAAUCGCGAGCAUCUUCUGCCGACCAUGUACGCCAGGAUUUACUUGUUGAAGUCUGUGUUUCACGUGUUGUCAGCGUUGUUGAAAAUCUUGGAUUUAGAAGCGGUUACGCAAAUGUAACAUACUAA